AUUUUCGCCGCGACGACGGCAGCGCCAUCGAUGGGGCACGUGGAGGACGCGUACCGCGAGGUCGCGCCGAGUCCGAAAGUCCCGAGCUCGACAGAACGUUCCGGCGCGGCGUCCAUGUUUCGCCAGCUAUGGCUCAACCCGACACCGACCGAGUCGCACGGACCGUUUUGCACGAACGUUGUCGUCACGUCCAAGUAUACCAUGUGGACGUUCAUCCCCAAGUUCACAGUUGAGAGCUUCGCCAAGCUCGCGAACGCGUAUUUCUUGCUUGUGUCUGUCCUUCAGUGCAUUCCAGCGAUCACCAACACCGGGUGGCCAUCGACGUUGCCCGUGCUCCUGUUCAUUCUGGCAGUGGAUGGCACACUCGCCAUCAUUGAAGACCGACGGCGGCAUCAGGCUGACGACGAGGCCAAUUCAGCCAAGUGCCGCGUCGUGUACAACGGCCAACUCGUGACGGUUCCAUGGUCCGCAGUCCAAGUCGGUCAGGUCGUCAAGUUGGCGAAUCGAGACACAGCGCCGGCAGACUUGCUCAUUCUGGCCGUGCACGAAGUCAACGCAGCGCACAAAGCUGGCAUAUGCUACGUCGAAACCAAGUCGCUGGACGGCGAAACGAAUCUGAAACUUCGGCAAGCCAUGGAAAGCACACUCCAUGCGCAGACCGAAGCGGACAUCCACGCCCUCCACGGCCGCGUCGAGUGCGAAGUCCCGAACAAAGUUAUUAGCCGCUUCAACGGGUCCUUCUUUGUUGAUCUACUGGACGGGUCGGUCGCGAACGACCCGAUAUCGAUCAAAAACAUCCUGCUGCGCGGGUGUCAACUCCGCAACACGGAAUGGAUGUACGGUCUCGUCAUCAACACGGGCCCCGAUACGAAGAUCAUGCAGUCGUUUGCCGCACCGGAAACCAAGUGGAGCUCGAUCAAUGGCCACGUCAACGUCAUGAUCAAGUGGCUGCUCGCGAUGUUGCUCGUGCUCUGUGCUUGUGCCGCGUCCGCUCAAGUGUCCUGGGUACGUCCUAGUCGCAUGCCUGCCUUGGCAUGGUAUGUUACGUGGCUGACGCUGCAUAGGUUUGUCGCGUGCGGUCAGUAUUUUCUCCUCCUGUACCAAAUGAUCCCUGUCUCGCUGUACGUGACCAUCUCAACGGUCAUGCUCAUCCAAGCGAUGCUGAUGGCGCUGGACCUCGAUAUGUACUACGAGCCACUCGACUCGCGCAUGAUUGUGCGCACCAUGGCGCUGAACGAAGAGCUCGGCCAGAUUUCCUACGUUUUCUCCGACAAGACAGGCACGCUUACGUGCAACGUGAUGGAGUUCCGCAAGUGCUCGAUCAACGGCGUCAGCUACGGCCUCGGCACGACUGAAAUCGGCCGCGCAGCACUUCGGCGAAAGGGACUGCCCGUGCCAGAGGUCCAAAGUGAACACGAGCACAGAAACGUGCCGUUUGUGAACUUUCACGACCCCGCGUUGCGCCAAAAACUCGCCGACAUUCCACUCAACGGAACGAACGCCCUGACAAAGGAAGCCGAUUUUUUCCUCCACUUGGCCAUUUGCCACACGGUGAUCCCGGAGCAAGCGACGGACAAGAACGGCGAGUCUGUCCUCCGGUACUCGGCAUCGUCCCCGGAUGAACAAGCGCUCGUGUCGGCGGCCAAGUUCUUUGGGUUCGCCUUCGAGUCGCGCGGGCUGGGCGUGGCGCGCAUCCGCAUCACGAACAAGGCGCUGCAGCAUGACCCGAACGCGCCGAGCGAGCUGUGGGAAUUCAAGGUGCUGGACGUGCUCGAGUUCAACUCGGACCGGAAGCGCAUGAGUUGCGUGGUCCAGGACCCGAGUGGCAACUACAUCCUGCUGACCAAGGGCGCGGACAACGUGAUCACGCCGUUGCUGUCGUCGACGUUGAACGACUCGGACGUGGUCGCGACGACAUUUGAGCAGCUCCAGUCGUUUGCAGACGACGGUCUGCGCACGCUUACGAUUGCCAAGAAGACGAUUCCGACGGCGUACUACCACCAGUGGACAAAGCGGUACAAGGCUGCGUGUGCGUCGCUGGACCAGAUCGAGAAGCGCAAGAACGGCCAGGCAAACGACAUUGACGCGUGCAUGGUCGAGCUCGAGCAAGACUUGGUGCUGCUUGGGGCGACCGCGAUCGAAGACAAGCUGCAGGACAACGUGCCGCGCGCGAUCGCUCGGUUGAUGGAGGCCGGGAUGAAGGUGUGGGUGCUCACGGGGGACAAGCAGGAGACGGCCAUCAACAUUGCGUACGCGUGCCAGCUCAUGGACAACGACAUGAUGCAGUACAUUUUCAACUUGGACGAGUACCCCGACUUGACUGCGCUGCUUGACGAGAUGUUGUCCGCAGAUGUGGAAAUCACGCGCCGGUCGCUUGUGAUUGACGGCGACGCGUUGGAAAUGGUGAUGGCGGACGCAGACACGUGUGCCAUGUUCUUGAAGGUCGCGAUGGCGUGCGACUCUGUCGUGUGCUGCCGCGUGUCGCCAUCACAAAAGGCCGAAGUCGUGGGCCUGGUUCGCACCAACAACCGCAAAGCUCGAACGCUGGCGAUUGGGGACGGUGCGAACGACGUGGCCAUGAUCCAACGGGCACACGUCGGCGUCGGCAUUUGCGGCCAAGAAGGCAUGCAAGCCGUCAACUCGAGCGACUAUGCGAUCGCGCAGUUUUACUUUUUGGAAAAGCUGUUGCUCCACCACGGCCGGUUGAACUACGUGCGCAUGUCCAAGCUGGUUGGGUACAUGUUUUACAAAAACAUGAUUAUGGUGCUGGCGCAGUACUUUUUCCUAUACAUGACUGGGUCAUCGGGGCAAAAGGAGUACUCGGAAGUUGGGUUUCAGCUGUACAACUUGAUCUAUACGUCGUUACCGAUCGGUGUCUUGGGGGUGUUCGACUACGAUGUACCGUGGGCCGUGGGGCAGCGGUUUCCAGCCCUGUAUAAAGUCGGGAUUUCUGGCGAGCUUUUCACAACGAGUGUGUUUUUCACGUGGAUUGCGGCGGCAAUUUUUGAAGCGGUUGUGAUCUUUGCCGUUGCGGUGUUGGGGUUUAACCAGCUCGAGGUUGGCGCCGGAAGCGGUGACUUGCAGCAGUACGGCAUUGUCCUGUUCACGCUUGUUGUGCUCGUGGCCAACUUCAAGAUCAUUUCGAUUCAACAGACGUGGAUUUUUUGGGGCGGUGUCGCGUGGUUCGUUGGAGUUUUAGCUUACAUUCCCGUCACGCUGACCGUCGAGUCCAACUGGCUGUUUCUGUCCCAAGCCAACUUCGGAGCGACGCAGAAUACUCUGAACGGACCCACGUUUUGGUUUGUCCUGCCGCUCACAAUCGUCUUGUGCCUGCUUCGCAACUUCUCUUGGAAGGUGUUUCAGCGCGCGUUUUACCCGUUUCUGUGGCAAAUUGUCCAAGAACAAUACGUUGCGGGCGAGCCGACGACAAAAUCCAGGUCGCUCGAGGCGGGCAUCCGCGUCCCUGACCAUGGCAGUGACUUGGAAACUGUGUGGCUGGGCGGCACGCUUCCCACCCAUCGUAACUCGAGUUAUUCGCGCCACAGCAAUGCAUCGUCGAGAUCCGUGUCCCGAGUCAACAGCGGGUAUGCCUUCAGCGCCGACCCCCAUUCGUCCAUGGCGGAAGGCAUUAUGAUCACGCGACAUGACGACGAGUCCAUGGCGUCUGCGAUGAAAGCGGGGGCGGACCGCGUCCGAGAAACGCCGGUGAACAGAAGGACGUCAGAAUUCACCGUGCCGAGGCAAUUCCGCCGUGCAUCCACGCACCCUCCUGUGCAAAAGCCGCCCACGGGGGUGUUUAUCUGA